UCCUCACUUGCAAAUCUUCAAUUAAAAAACUGCCCGGCUGCUUCUGCUUCUUCACGAGUCCUCCAAGUCCUCUUAUUCCAAGUAAGUUUCUUUCCUUCCUCUUCUUUGAGUCAUGUCUGAUCGCGAAGACAGCCAGAACCCUUCCGCCCAUUCUUACGGUUCUGGCGACCGGUCUCAGACUUCCGGUUCCUCUUCUUCUUCAUCCUCUGAUUCUGAGCACCUGGCUACUUCUCCACAGAAGAAGCCGGUUGAUGCUUCCACUUGCGCUCCUUCUUCUUCCGUGGCGCAAGUGGUCUCGGUUGCCCAACCCGGGGAUGAGGGUUUUAUUCAGCUGGACGACCGGUUGCUCCAAACGCAGUCGUCGGUCAUGCAGAAGGCCCAAGUCCACGAGGUGCGCAACCUGAUGCCGGAUGGGUACCAAUCGACCUACCGGGCAACGUGGAAGAGCAUUAUUUCUCUCCAUGUCGGUACGUCGAUUGGUAUCCAUUACCAUUCCAUCAAGGACCUGGGUGAAUUCUUUAUUCACCCAUUCAAAUUCCUUUUCCUUGAGACAUACGGUAUCAUGCCCGGGCAGCUGGCCCCUAAAGGUCACCGUCUAUUAGGCAGUUUCAUCAAUAAUGUCUGGGGGAAGAGAAUGAAGCGCCAGGUCAAACCAGCGGAGGCUGAUGACCUGCCUGCUUGGGAAGCCACUCUCCGGGCCGGGGAUGCCUCCACCUGCAGCCUGUACCAUGUAGGGAAGUGGAGUGUUUAUCCCGGCCGGGAGACUGAUCUUGAGCCGGAGAUUGUCCUUCCCGGGGCGAUCCCCGAAGCCAUCCCCGUCCGCUGGGUGAGGGGAUCCAAAGCACUGGCCACUGCCACCGCCGGUCCUUCAUGCCUGGCAAAGAAGAAGAAAGAGAAAGAUACCUUCGAGUUGGACACCCUGAUGGGGGAGACCGGGCAUACAUCCCAGGCCGGGUUGGCAGGCCAACCCAACGAGGAUGGUGAAGGCGAGGAAGAGGCUGCUGGAGAGUCCCUUCAGCGGAAGAGGCGGAAGACCGAGGAGGUCAACCAGCCAUCCCAUCAGGGUCCCCAGUCCUCCGAAGCUGGCAAGGGGCCAAUCGUGCUUCGAUCUGUGGCCCUGAUGUCCCGGUCAGACGAAGCGCUUUUCCAAGCUUUCCGGGCUGACUUGAAUGAGGUCGGCCGGAUCGGUGAGGAGUACUUCGCCCGGCUGGUGAAAUCAAAAGAUGAGGAGAAGGCCCGGAUGGAGGCCAUGCUGGUCGAGUGUAGGAAGGAUGCCCAGGCUGCCCGCGCCCAGGCGGAGAAGGUGGAGGCCAAAUGGGUAGAGCACUGCGCGGUCUACCGCCAGCUCUAUGCCAAGCACGACGGACUUCUCAAGGCCGCGAAAGAGGCCGAUGAGCAAGCCCAGGCCAAGAUCCAGCUCCUUGAGGCUGAAAAUGCUCGGUCGGCUGAGGAGAUCGCCCGGCUUGGUGAUGAGCUGGAAAAAGAGCGCUCAAAAAGGGCUCCUCUGGCUGCCGCAUGGGCUGUUCAGGCGCCUGAUGAGUUUGCUGCCCAAGCGCUUCCUGACCGGGAGACCGCCAUCCGCUUUUUCCAAGGCCUGUACAAGCACAAGGUGUCGGCCGGGAUCGUGGAUGAGAUCGGCACUUUUGGCUACGAGAGCGGUCAGUACACAGAGCGGCAGGCCCUCUAUGGCAUCCUUGAGCAGCGAAUCCAAGGUUUUCGGCCCAAGGCUCUCUCUCUGCCCGAGCUUCAUGAUGAGGAGCCGGUCCCUCCAUUUCCAGGGAUCUGAUCCACCUGGCCUUUUCCUCUCUUUUUUUUAUUUAUUUUGUGAUGUAAUCAUCUGCCUCGUUUUGUGAUUGCACUUUUUUGUAAACAUUAUUUUUAAUAUUAAUGGCCCGUGGCCCCGUUUCUAUAUUGUGUGCCGAGUGCUUUACUCCAUGUCUCAUUAAUUCUUUUCAACUUAUAGAUUUUAAACCGUUUAGAUUAGUAAAUAACAGCCUGGCUG